AACCCCCUACUUCUACCUGGAUAAUCCCUCCUCAGCUAAAGAAAACAAACCUGUCGCCCGAUUGAACUACCAACCAAUUACUUAGUCUAUCAAUCAAUCAAUUGGAUCCCCAAAGUAAACAAGAGAAAGACAAAAAAGAAGGAAAAAUGACCUCCCAAACCAAAACCAAGCCCAUCCCCAUUCGCCUCAUAACCCACAACAUCCGCACCAUCCCUUGGUUCACUUUUCCCCCGGAGAAACCCUGGAAUAUCCGCCGAAACCACAUCAUCAACCAAAUCGACUUCAACACAACUCACAACCCCGAAGCCAUAGUCUGUCUCCAGGAGGCACUCCACAGCCAAUUAACCGACAUUCUGACCGGUCUCAACGGCGCCCCCGACAGCGACAGUCAGGAGGGCGAGGUGACCUGGAAACACUUCGGUUGCGGUCGCGACAGCGACAAGAAGGGCGAGUACUCGCCCAUCCUCUACCGAGCCCGGAUCUGGGAGGCAGAGUGGUCUACGACACGCUGGUUAUCGGAGACGCCGGAUACCCCGUCCCGGGGGUGGGAUGCAGCGUACCGACGGAUUGUGACGUACGGGGUUCUUCGGCAUCGGGGGACGGGGCGGAAGAUCUUGGUCAUGAAUACGCACCUGGAUGAUCGGGGCAAGGUGGCGAGGUUUGAGAGUGCGAAGUUGAUCUUGAAAUGGAUGGAGGAGGUGUUGCGGAAGAAAGAAUCGCUGGAUGGUGUUGUCCUGUGUGGAGACUUCAAUACCAACUCGAGGGAUAAUACUGAUGCAUUCGGGGUUCUGACAGCCGGGGCUAUGGUCCAUACUAGGGAUCGUGUGGAUGGGGAGAGGCGUUAUGGGAAUGUGAAUUCUUGGACGGGCUUCAAUGAUACUCCCAUUGAUGAUGCGCUUCUUGACUAUAUCCUUGUUGGACCUUUGAAGGGGGACCAUGUCCCGUGGAAUAUCCGAACUUAUGGCAUUCUAACGAAUCGGUUUGAUGAUGGAAUUUUCAACUCGGAUCAUAGGGCGGUUGCGGCGGAUGUGGAAUUGGUUGGGUUUGCGAAGGAUCGUUGAUAGUGUAAUGAUUUAUGCAUUUUUUCUGUCGUUUUGUCGGAUGUAACGCUUAUUUGAUCGUCAAGCUCUUGAAUUAUCUUGGCCUACAAUCAUUGGCUUCUGACCAAGUCUCACAAUUUAGCGCUAUACGCUGAACGUAGGAAAUCCAUUAUAACAAACAGAAUAAAACGAAAGUCCGGUGGGAUACACGACUAGGAGAGAGGAAAACGCAAGUCAUCGCCAGUCAAGACAAUAUAACAGUAACAUGGGUAUGCUUUACUUUUGCAAAGUAAGAGAUAACGAAAGAGAAAAACGAAAGAAAAAGCCACGGUACGGAUUCAUCAUCAGUAGAAAGUCAUU